CGGUGUCAGUUUCUAUAUCUUCAGAACCCCCGAGGGACAGCAGAUCACUAAGAGUUUGUCUUUUUUUAUGGGCUGUGGGUUGAACUGUAGUGUAAACAAGUGCCCACCAUGCUCAGCUGUGUAAUACAUCUGCCCUGAAAUGAGUUGGUUUAUUUUGAUCUGCAUGACCUGCACACUGGAAUCUUAAUCCUCUUCCCCGACCACAGGACAAUACUUGAAGAAUGGCUGCUUGGGGUGAGGUACCAACGAAGCCAAAUCAAUGAAUUAUUUGCACUCCAGAGAGGAGAGAAUUCUGUUUUCAAUCCUGCAGCAUAAUUUGGUAGACCUGUUGGAUGAUGUGAUGCUAGAUCUCGUGAACUUCAGUGCACAAAGGGGAGUGAGUGAGUGCUUCGCAGAAAUGAAUGACAGUGUCGGUGGUGACGGACCCUAUCCAGAACAGCCUAUACCAGAGACGUUGUCAAGGCAGAGCAGGCGAGGCUAUUGUGGCUGCUGUAAGGAGUUGUAUACCUGUCUGGAUCAGCACCUUCAGACCAUUCGGCACAGGCAGUUUGCCAGUGAGUCCAGGAAUCAAGGACAGGCUAAAAGCCUCAUGGAGCGCUUCCUGCAGGAUGUCAUACAGUACCACCCUUCCCGAUAUAAAGACAACAGGUCAACAUACAUGGAUCUACCAUCAGUUAGUGCCCCGCUUCUACCCAAGAAAGACCUUGCAGACACGCAUUCUUAUCAAGAUGACAAAGAUACUGUUGGGACCAGAGAGGAGUUACCCAGCACGGAUAACGAAUCUAUCCGAUCAGCACACUUCAUGGUUGGGAGGAACGCAACAAGUUACAGUCGGAUCAAAGGCAGCGGUGCAUCUCCAAUGCCCAUUGGGGCUCCACAAAGUCACAAAGAUAGUAUGAUUAAAGAACCAACAUCUGGAGAACAGUUGAUGGACAUCACCUCCCCUACCCAUAAAGGCUUAUGCAGGACUGCUUUCUUAGGUGUGAGUGAGGGUGUCCUAUCAUGCAAUAAAAUGGAUAGGCAUGGACAUCGCAUUGGCUUAGGCCUGUAUAAACCCACACCAAGAAAAGGAAUAAAGGACCAUGAUAAGCCCAUGGCUGUUAGCCCCCCUAGAUGUGAACAACAUGAACAUUGGAGUCCCACAUCUGCUCAAAUGAACUUUCCUAAUGUCUCCUCAGGGCCAGCUUUUAGGUUUUCCAAAUUGCACAAUGUUAACUCUCAGGGCACAAUAGCAGGGUCUCCUCUUCCUCAACUCAGGGACUACACAGGGACUAGUAACCCAUGCUGCGUUGGUGGGCCAAGCCAAGCUGAGGAGUGCAAGCCACAGAACAGGAACACCGUCACUUGCCUCAGUACUCUCAAAGAAACCAAAAUAGUGGACCGCAUAGAGGAUUUGGUGUCUCAGACCAUUGAGACAGUCAUUCAGAAAUACUGUAACAGGCAAACGUCACAAUCGCAAGACAGUGACAGUGAGAAUUCAGCUGCGGAGGUGAAAGGGAUACCUACAUAUUGCCAGCUUGAAAAGAAAAGAAAAGCAGUAGAGACAGGCCUGAAGAGCAGUAUUUCAGGUACAAAAUGGCCGCCUGAAGGAGAUCAGCAUCCUUGUAACCCUUCAAACAGUGGUGAAAUGGUUUGCAACAGACAGGCAAUGCAGGAUACUGCAUCGUGCUUCAAGAAAAUGCUAUCUUUAACCCUCUCUAAUGAUAGAAAGUCUGGAAGGCACCACCAGGGCACUGGCGAAGAUGGUAGUUCUGGUGGCAGCAUUUGUUCUCUUGGCAGCCAACUGGGGCACUUGAAGUCUACCAGCAGCUCUGAAUGGGACACCUCUGUCAAGGUAGAGAAGGACUGUUCAAGGAGAGCAAGCAAGGAUUUGGAGCUGCUUACGGACACCCAAAUAACCCUUGAAGACCGUGGCUAUAAAACUCAGCUGAGCUCAGUCCUCCAUUUCAAACCAGGUGAGUGUGACAAAAUGGAAGUAAAUCCCAUCUCUUCAGAGAAUGACAUGAAAGUGGAACACAUUGAAGAAAAACUGCAGCCUCUUGAAGCUGAGCGAAAGCUUCGGUCUCUACCAUACGUGCCUACUUCUUUUGCUGGAAAGACCUGGUCAGAAAUUAUGGCUGAGGAUGAUCUGAAAGUGGAGGCACUGGUAAAGGAGUUCAAGGAGGGGCGAUAUUUGUGUUAUUUUGAUAGCGAGUCUUUGGCCAACCAUGGAAAGAGACCAAGGAAAAAGCAUAGAUCUGAUAUGAAAGGCACUUCAAAGGUUACUUCCAAGGCGUCGGCUGAAACAAGCUUAGAUGUCCCUGUUCCUGAGCUAUUGCCACACCUGCAAGAGGGGAACAAUGAGGUUGAGCCUUCCCCUGCUCUUUGCAAGCUGGAAGUGGUGAAGAAGUCAGCUUUGAGGCACUGUCGCUUGGCAUCCAGGUGCCAGGUUGUCAAAGUCAGUCAUGGCACCCAAACUAGCGAGGUCAGCUACCCAGUAGUCAAAAAGAAAUCCAGAAAGAUGGAGCAGGAGCCGGAGAACGUUUGGACUGGGCCAGAGCAAGGGAGGUCUGAUAUGAAAACCAGGUUGUGCUCGUUGAGGUUGCCCAGAGCCUAUAGCAAGAUCAUGAGCCCAGUCCAGCCCAGGACAGUCAUUUACGUCCUGUCCUCGCCCGACUUCACGUCCACGGCGCAAGCGGUCUCGCGGGAAGGCAAGAGGAACUCCAAGGCGUCGGAGGACAGCGCCAGCCCCACCAAAUACAAGUACAAGAAGUCGCCGGUGCGCUAUUACGACCCGGCCACGAACAGGAUCGUGAAGACCCCCCCGAGCAGCAGCUUCAGCGCCGAGCGCCUGAGGAGAUCGGCGUCGUCGCACCAUGUGCGCCAGCUCUUCCGCAGCCUCAGCCCCGACAUCAACGUGGGGCAGCUCACCGAGCAGCCUAAGUCCCGGCUGAAGGCCGACCUGCCCAAGGCCGGGCGGAAGGCGGGCGGCGUGGGCCUCAAGGCCAAGGACUGGGCCCUGGGGGAGAGCCCGAGCAGCGACUGCCCGUCCAAAAGCACCGGCACCGCCUCCAGCUCCCGCCAGCCUUCGCUGUCCCGGACGCUCCUGGGCUCGGACGGGCCUCCGCCGCGGCGCCUGCCGGAGCAGAAGGUGGCCGUCCUGUCGCCGCUCAGGAGGGACACGCCCGACUCCCCAUUCGGCAAACUCAACGUCUACGUGGGCCCGCGGAGCCGGCGGGCGCCCGCCAGGGAGAACCCGGCCCCGGCAGGCUCCGGGGAAGUGAGGCGGGUGGAGGGGGAGAAGGAGGAGGAGGAGGAGGCCUCGCCGAGCCGGAGGGGCGCGACGUCACAAUCGGACUCGGGGGCUCCGGCGGUCGGGGUCGGGGUCGGGGUCGCGGUCGGGGUCGGGGUCGCGGCCGCAGCCGGCCCCCCGCCACCGCGCAGGCCCCGCCUGCGGUCCGGCUUCCGGGCGGCCCCGGACAAGGACGGUGUUUCCUCGGGCGCCAAGGUGCUUCGUUGGGAAGCCGAACGCAGCAGCGGGGCGAAGGCGGCUCGGCGGCACAGCCCCCGCCAGGGCACCCGCAAGAGGAAGUGAUGGCUGCUACAGGCCGCCUGAAGAGACAGUGUCACCGUGUCCUGACCUCCCCCUGCCCGCGCCUCUCAUUCUCAAGCCGUGUUUUUCUUUUCUAUUUGUAUGAAGUACUUCAGGGAAUUUGCGGUUAAAACAAAUUGCAGUCUGUAUUUUUAUAAAGAGCCCAGGUGUUUUUAUUUAAA